AUGUUCACCGACGACUUCGGUGGCACGGAGGAAGUCAAGUCGAUGAUCAACCGUGACGAGGAUAAAGAGCAGUUAUCCAGUCAAACUGAGAAAGAGUUCAAUGGUUCCAUUUUCGCUAAGCUGGCCAACUCGGCCGUCCAGAUCGCCAAUCCGCUGCGUGAGAUUUCUUUCACAGUCGACGCCUCACAAUGCCGGCCCGAAGGCAUCCAUCCGGACGAGACGAACAACGCAAAACUGAUCAUCAUGGGAUUGGCAAUAUUUGGCUCCAUCAUAUUUGAGGUGACCGCUACAUUUUACUCGAAUCUGUCGCCACUUAUGUGGCUUGUAUUUGGGCUGACUUAG